GGGAAGUGGCCGAAAAGUGUAAUGUUUACAUGGGACUACUUUUCGUGCGCGCACCCAAACAACAGUUAAUGAGGCGGUGUAGUACAAGUGGCGCUCCAGUCGUAGAGAAGCUGUCGAACGGCACAGUCACGCCGGUUCAAAAAUAGUAAAUACAACAAAUCAGUUUGUUUUGAUUGUGAGCAGUCAGUUGUGUGCGAUUGGUACGAUCACCACGUUCGCAUCGUCUGGUACGGGAAAUAGUGUUGAAUGCCCGAAAUAAUGCCUUCGGCCGAUAUGCGUACGAUGACGACGAUGAGUGGCAACCAAAUAAAGUCGCCCGAGUUCAACAUCAGUUCGAAGGACGUGGAGGGCCUGGUGCUGGAGAUCAAGGAGAACUUAAGGCUGUCGGCGGCGAGCACGAUGAAAGCGUUGCCGUGCAGCCACCUUUCGAGGAAGUCGUCGCGAGCGUCGCCGUACCGUGUGCCGGGGAAGUUUGGCUGCGAGACGGGCUGCGACGCCGCCUGCAUGAGGAAGAACCGACGCAAGCCGCAACAGGACACGACAGAGGAUCCGUACGAGCUGCUCCAGAAGCUGCUGAGGGACGGCAGUCUGGUCAACGAGGCGGUGAGACGGGUCAAGCUCGGGCUGUCGCCGAAGCAAAGAUACUUCUACGAGUCCGACGAGGAGUCCAGUCCGGUCCUGCGGUUCUACACGGACAAUUAGGACGUUUCCUUCGCCCGUUCCUUCGUUCAUCCGUUCGUUGCGUUUAUGUUGGUUAAUUUAUUAUUGUUCCUUUAAUUACUAGUGAGUGUUUGUUGUGAGUAAAUGGGAUUGAUUGUUGCGUCAGCAGUACAUGCCAAAGAGACAGACGUAAGAACACUACUACUACGGUACCGUACGGCACAGUACAGUACACUCUAAUUUAAUAACAUAGAUUCAUACGAAAAUAAAUUAAAUUACCUUGUGGAAUUUCUGGUUAUCACAUGAAAAUUCAUUAUUAUUAUUAUUAUUAUUAUUAAUAUUCUAUUAUCGUUGUUGUCCACCACUUUCAAAGUCUAUUUAAAUUUAUAAAACUACUCGUCCUUUUAAUUGUCUCUGGUAUACUACUUAGUAUUAAUACGCUUAAGGGAGAAUCUAAGAUCAUUUUACAAAAUGCUACAUACGCUUAAUUACUGAAAAACAAACCGGACAUUAUGAAAAUGAAAAAUUCUUAGGUGUAGUGUAAUGUUUAGUUUUCACAAAUGAUUCUAUAUUACUCCGUAUCUGUGAUGUAUUUGUAGCCUCCCGUUUUUCAAAUUUAUUGUCCCGAUUCGAUCAGUGCUGCGGGAAGGAUAAAACUUUUGGAACCACACCUGGCCAGUACCCUACAAAAAUUUCGAAUAACCAGCCAAGUUUGGUUCCAAAAGAGAAAUCGGUAGGUGUGAAAAUAUUUAAAAAAUAAAACCUUUGUAAAUAAUUGAGAUCUACGGAUCUAUAAAAAAAAUAUAUGCCUUUUAGGUUCUAUUGGAAAUUUUAAAUUCCGUUUUUUAAUGCUCUGUACCUACAUUUUAUGUAAUUUUUAAUUGUUUUGUUGAACUUUCUACCCAAUGUAUUAGUCAGUUCAAUGCAUUUGCAAGUAUUUUUAUUUCAAAUAAAAAAAAAAAAACACUGAACUGAUUCUAUUUGCUAUUCUUGUGAUAUAUAUUUGUUAUGCAAAAAAUAUGCGAAAAUUGUGAUUUUUAUAUCCACUUUAGUAGAGAUGCAUUUGAAUUUUUUGACUGUGUUCUUUAGGUUUUAGAAUUAUUAUUAUUAAUGGACAAAAUGGGUUACACGAUUACGUUUUCGUUUAGUUUCAACGACUAUUUUUUUUUUUUGAUCGUCACUAUCCUAACGUUUAGUUUAACAUAAUUAGACAUAAAUUUGAUCUGUGUGACGUCAAAUUUAUGUAGGUUUAUUUAUGUACGUUUUUGUUACAUUUGCAAUGAUAAAACAUGUGGCUACAAACUAUUGAUGCCUGUGGCAUCCUAUGUAUCAUAUGUCCCAAAAUAAACAUUUUGUUGAUUAUGAAA